CCAAGUAACUAUCCACUCCUAGCUGCCAAUAUCUAUCUCAAGAUACCAUCUCAGCGACCUAACCUUUCGAUAUGAAGUCAUCAUCUGCUGCUGCUGCUGGAAUAACUUUUGUGCCAUUUUCAAUGGAGAAGUCGAAACCAAUAGCUCAAGCUGACAAUUCUAUACAAUUUGUGGAUGAUUCAUCCAAAUAUCAUAGAGAAAUACCACCACCACAUGCAAACCCAACUCCUAUAAGACAUGUUUCAUCUCCUCUAAUUCACAAUUCAUCAACAAAACAAUACAUUUCGAAUAAUAACAAAGGCAGUCCUCUCAUGAUGCAUGUGUCCACCAGCAUGUCUAAGCAAAACAGAAGAGCUUCAGUGUGCUCGUUAUCUGCCUCUGUGACAUCCAACUCUUCAACCAGUGAUAAAUCAACAGAUAGCUCGAACUCAUCCAAAUCUGCCAAACAAACCCUCGAAUCCCAAACAUUUCAAUUCAAAGUGCAUGAUAAGGAGCAACCAAAGUUGGUAUUUUUCAAUCUAGUUACCAAGGAACAAAUCGAGAAAAAGAGAAAGUAUGUAAGAAAAAAGCCAGUUUCUGCAUCUGUACAAAUAAUUGAAAAGGAAGAAUUUUUAUCCCCUUCUCUGUGUGGAAAGAGAAAUUCAGAACAUGUAAAUUACCAAUCCAAUCCAUCCAAUAAUACUGAACUUUCACCAUCCGCCAAUUCCACCUCUACCACUCAUUGUAAUCUACCUAGAAUUUCAUUUGAUUCUCUCAACCUUUCUCCACCUCAAUCAUUUAUUCCCUCAAAGAGAAGAACCUCAAUCUCAAUAGCCGAGUUAUUAAAUUAAAAUCUAUUUUUUUCAUUG